AUGGAGGAAAGAAACACUACUGGAGAUUUCCUAUACAAGAAUAUCAGCAUCUCAACCUGGGAGACUACCAUCACAGCACCAAACGGAAGCAUCUACACUGACUUUUCAGACUGUGUCAUCAUGUUCCAAGCCAUUAGUUUUCUGUCCCUCAUCUUUGCCCUGGUUGGGAUGGCAGGAAAUGCCAUGGUGCUGUGGCUUCUGGGCUUCCACAUGCAUAGGAAUGCCUUCUCUGUCUACGUUCUCAACCUGGCAGUGGCUGACUUCCUCUUCCUCUGCUUUCAGUUUGUAUAUUGUCUUCUUUUUAUCAUUCACAUCUUCUACUCCAUUUCCAUCCACAUCCCUUUGCUUUGCCUUGUUGUGUCAACAUUUGCUUAUCUUUCUGGCCUGAGCAUUCUCAGUGCCAUUAGCAUUGAGCGAUGCCUGUCUGUCAUGUGGCCCAUCUGGUACCACUGCCAACGCCCAAGGCACACAUCAGCUGUCACAUGUGCCUUGCUUUGGGCCCUAUCCCUGCUGUUGAGUCUCCUGCAUGGGAAUGCAUGUGACUUACUGUUUAAUGAUUUUGAGUUGUUUUGGUGUCCAAUAUUUGAUUUCAUCGUGGCUGUAUGGUCAGUUACUUUAUUUGUGGUUCUUUGGGGGUCCAGCCUCACUCUGUUGGUGAGGAUCUUUUGUGGCUCACAGAGGAUUCCUGUAACUAGGUUGUAUGUGAUCAUUGUACUCACAGUGGUAUUCUUCCUGAUCUUUGGUCUUCCUAUGGGAGUCUACUGGCUCCUCUUCCAAUGGAUUGGGAUUUAUUAUGAUAAAAUUUGUGAUUUUUAUCAUGUGACAGUUCUCCUAUCCUGUGUUAACAGCUGUGCCAACCCCAUCAUUUACUUCUUUGUUGGCUCCAUCAGGCACCACAGGGUCCAGAGGAAGACUCUCAAGCUGGUUCUGCAGAGAGCCCUGCAGGACACUCCUGAGGAGGAGGAAGGUGGAGAGAAAGGUUCCUCAGGAGAGCUCAGAAAACUGGGAACACUCUAGUGCAGCAGCUGGGAGAUGCUCUGGUCAAAGAAAAGUGGUUUUGAGAGAGAAAUUUUUCUUUAUGUUUGGGCUAUUUUUAUAACAUUUUUGAGUUUGCUACCAGAUCUUAACCAGUUUAAAAAAAAUCAUCGUUGUGGAAGUUGAAUGACACAGAACUUUUUAUACAAACAACUGACUGCAGUAUUUCUGGAACUGUCUUACUCAGGGCUUCACCACCUCUUUUUGAUGGGGCUCCUUGUAAAUGCUCUGGAGCCACGGACUGCUCAUACUGUUUCAAAUCCCUCCUUCAUCUGAAGA